AUGGGCGCAUACGAUUUGGUUAUUGGUGUCCUCCUACUGGGAUUGUUCUUCAACACCUACCUUUAUGGUCUAGUGACGUACCAGUUUAUCGUCUAUCGCAACACAACAUUCAACGAUCCUUUCUGGAUAAAGUCUGUUGUUGGCGCCCUGUUCAUCCUGGAUACAGUGCAUAGCGCCGUAGCUGUGUACGCGGGUUGGGAACUUUGCGUCACCAACUACGAUAAUCCUGCUAGUCUUGCUGUCGUCUCAUGGACCAUUCCGUUCACGGCUGUUGCGACGUCCUGCGCUGCCAUUGUUACUCAAUUAUUUUUGGGACAUCGUGUCCUCAUCUUGACGAAGAACAAGAUUCUCACCGGUUUGAUUGGCUUGUUGAGCCUGCUCGGUUUCAUCUUUGGAGUGUAUGCGGGCAUCUAUUCUGGGAUACUCCGAGAAGUCUCCAAAUUUGCUCCUCUCAAUCCUUUCGUCACUUGCUGGUUGACGUUCCAGACAAGUGCUGAUCUUAUCAUCACCUUCGUUCUAUCCUUUGUGCUUAGCCGUUCCAAGACUGGUUUCCGCAGAACGGAUACAAUCCUUAACAGACUGAUUCGCGGUGCAGUCCAGACUGGUCUAUUCGUCUCAAUAUUCGCUCUGGGAGACCUCUUUAGCUUUUUGCUUCAUCGUAACACCAACCUCUACGCCAUGUUUGCAUACCCCAUGGGCAGGAUCUACACCAACACACUGCUUGACACCCUGAAUGCUCGCAUUGCAAUCAAAAAUAUGAACAACACAACUGUGGAAAUCAGCUCCGAGGGAAACACCUUCCGAAUGCAAAAUCAAUCGCAAACGCUGGCAACAACAAGUGUUCACUCAAUUCAAGUACAAAAAGAGGUGGUAACAGAUGCAGUAGAAGAUCGCGACGCCAAGUAUGCAGGAGACGACGGAUAUCCAAGCCGUGUCUAA